ACAAGCAACGAGAGCUACUAGCUAGCUAGCAGCACUGCGGGUACGUACCCAACUACUACACAUUACGUACGUGAGCUAGCUAGCUAGCAGCUAGUGAUAGAGACCAGAUCAGCUGCAGCGGCGACGAUGGCUCCUGAGAAGCUGAAGCUGCUCGUCGGAGUGCUGGCCCUGCAGUUCCUUCUGGCAGGGUUCCACAUCGUCUCCAGGGCGGCGCUCAACAUGGGCAUCAGCGAGAUCGUGUUCAUGGUGUACAGGAACCUCAUCUCCCUCGCCUUGCUCGCUCCGUUCGCCUACUUCCUCGAGAAGAAAGACAGGCCGCCACUCACCUUCUCUUUGCUGGUGGAGUUCUUCCUGCUAGCGCUGUGUGGGAUAACUGCGAACCAGGGCUUCUACCUCCUGGGCCUGUAUCACCUGUCACCAACCUACGCCUCUGCGAUACAGAACACCGUCCCCGCGAUCACCUUCGCCAUGGCCGCUGUCCUCAGGCUAGAGCAGGUGGACCUGAGCAGGAGGCAUGGGCUGGCCAAGGUGGUGGGCACGGUGGUGAGCAUCGGAGGGGCCACCGUCAUAACCCUGUACAAGGGCCUGCCGCUGCUCCAUCACAGUGAUGUGCACGUCAAGUCGUCUCCGGUGACGCUGUCCUCCUCCAGCGGCAGCCCCAUCCUCAACUGGACUCUCGGCUGCGUCUUCAUCCUCGGCCACUGCCUCUCCUGGUCCGGAUGGAUGGUCCUUCAGGUGCCGGUGCUGAAGAGGUACCCAGCCAGGCUCUCGGUUCUGUCACUGACCUGCAUCUUCGGGCUCCUCCAGUUCCUGGCCAUUGCCGCCUUCACCGAGGAGGACCUGAGCAGGUGGAAGGUCCGCUCAGGAGGGGAGCUCUUCACCAUCCUAUACGCUGGCCUUGUGGCAUCCGGGGUAGCGUUUGCUCUGCAGAUCUGGUGCAUCGACAGGGGAGGCCCGCUCUUCACCGCCGUCUUCCAGCCAGUGCAGACCGUGGCCGUCGCCGUCAUGGCUUCCGCCAUCCUCGGGGACCAGCUCUACACGGGAGGGAUCAUUGGAGCUGUGCUGAUCGUCAUCGGCCUCUACUUCGUGCUGUGGGGCAAGAGCGCCGAGAAGAAGGGCGCCAGGAACCUGCUGCAGGAUCAGCUGGCGCAGGGAGCAGACGUGACGCGGCACCUGCUCGGCGGAGAAGCUUCGGCGAAAGAUGAAGAAGCAGCCCCGGCCAUGCUGGCGUGAUGAUCGUUUAGUCGUCUGUCAAUUGGAGCACAGCGUAGUCCUGUUGCAUUUGGGACCGUAUGAGUCGUGUGAUUUCAGCUGUUCCAAUCUGGCAACCAAGAACAAGUGUGCAUGGGUUGCCGGUGUGGAACAGUGUGUAGCCAUGCUGCUGUGAGUCUGUACUCUGUUGCUGUAAUGUUCUGUGCAAGCGUAGGUAAGGUGUAUAACUAUAAAAUCACUUCAUCCA